GAUGGAGGUACAAGAGCAGGGGUGAGAUGAAAUGUAGCGAUAAACUAAUAAGACCCUAAACACUAGUCUAGCGACGCAACACCAUUAGCCUGUUUUGCCUGAUUUGUUGACGUGCUUCUUCUUCUCCGGAAACUUAUUCGUACGUCGAUUUUUGAAACUGUAAUUGCGGACGAGUGUGAUCCUGUCAUUUCUCGCAAGAGGGAAACUCUUCCCAUCGCUGUUGACGCCGUGUAAACAAGACAUCAACGACGUCGUGUGCUAUAAUUGAUCGCUGUAUGAUAUUUUGGGCACUUAUCCCUUCACAACUACUCACGUAUUUUUUACCUCUUCUACUAGUCAAGCGAGAUACAGAUAUUUUUUUAUAGUAGGUUGCAAAUCAGUUUUUUGGUGCUAUAGAGACAAGUACUACCAGAAGUAGUAGCUUUCGUUCCUGUAAAGAAUCUUCAGGGCGGCGGUCUCCCACACGAGAUCAUGAGACAGUUCCAGGAAAGUAGAUUUUUUUUUCACCUUUAUUUGCUCAUUGUUUAGUUUGAGUCAGUUUUAGCAAUUACCGCUGCACGUAGAAGUACAACUACAACCCAGUCGUAGGAUUAUAUUGAUGCAGGUUUAGUAUCGUCAAUCUAAUGGCCGCGGCUUGAGGUAGUAGUUCUACGUCCCGCCCCAGUAGAGGACCUCCUCGUCCCAGCACCAGUUAUCCUGUGCAAAAGUAUCGUCUUCGUAUUGCAGUCAUGCAUUGCAAGUCUUGUUCUUAAGCUAAAUGCGCAUUACAAAUUUUAUUUCUCAUGCAGAGGAAAUUGUUUGUGAUGCAUUUAUACGAGUACGAUACUUUUGCAGUGCAUACCAGUAGGUUCAUCUUGAUCAGUCUGCGAAAAAUGAUCCGGUCCUCGUCGGGCAACAGAUGGCUGCCGAAAGGCACGUCGGGGUUGUACUGGUGGCACCUGCACUGUAUCCUGUUUCCCAUCCUGUUCGACCUAGAAGCUGGUGCUGGUUGGUGCACAGCUAGUAAAAAAUCGGUGAGCGUCGUUGAGGCCGCAGCUUCUAUGGAGCAGGACAGACACUUCUCGAGCGAAGAGAAAGUAUCGAGCUUGGCGCCCGCAAUUGAACGUUCCUCGGAGCAGGGAAACGUCGCGUCGUCAAUGGGAUACGAUCCUACGGACAUUUGGGAUCAUCAUCCUGUGAAGACGUCGAGCACGAGAGAUACAUGCGAAAUUCGGUUUGAGCUGAAGGACUGGAAGGUGAAGCAGCAACUUCAAUGGACUGCGGAGAGAGCGAACACAUCACGAGGACGAGCCUCACUCGUCGACCCGGGACCACAAGCCACCGCCGAAGCCGAAGCCCGGUCCGCGACGUGGCCAGGACCACAGAUGGAGACGAGCACCCAACACUGGCUCUUGUCUGCGCUCGAAAAGAGGCGCGAGCGGUUUCACUUCUUGUCAGGGCGGCACUGGCUCCAUGUUAACCCUGGAGUGUGGAUAGAGAACAGCCGACAUCUUUCACGGGAAACCAGUGUCUUCGACGGUCCCCCGAGACAGAGCGUUGUAAUAAAAGUGGAGGAUGAUGAAGAUGCCACUACAGUGUCAGUGAAAUUCCAAAACCCAGCACUCAUACGAGCAAGUGCAGCUGCCGCUUCUUUUUUAAACUCAACGCUGGCAGAUUGGCGUUCCCUUCUUUUCCAGGAUUUCGACGCAGGCCAGGCAGGAUACAUCUUUCUGGACAGAAGAAGAGCCGGGCUGGCAUCGCCGACGAUCACCUCACUGAAAUCUUUGUGUCUUGUUUCUUCCAGAACCGCGCCUCGGUUCCUUCUGGGACGUACUGAAGCCGUUGUUCACCUUUUGGUUCAAAGAAUCAUCUCACCACUCUGGGAACUUGCCGAUCUCCUGCUCCCGACAAGCUCAAUACAUGAGCUAAUUUCGCAGCGCGGAUGGGCAAACACGCAGCUCCGCCUGACCACACUGCUCGAAGGAAAACAAAUCGACCCUACGCAAGAAAAGGAAACAAAUAGUCGGAAAGUAGAAGUCCAGGCUUCGCAGCUAAUCGAAAGUGGCCGGGGGCGUCGGGGGGUGAUCGAUGCAGGCGGGCAUGCGCAUGGCGCGACGUUCCCUCGAAGCCUCGGCACUAUCAUCGCAAGGCUUCUCGAAAUAGACUGGAACCAGGGAGAUGAGUCGAACACGUCCGGAGCCGCGAUUGGUGGUGCACGAGUCCGCCCCUUUGGGGACCCGGCAUUUCUCCCGCUGGGAAAGCAGUUGUCGGCCUUGGAUUUUGUUCGGCUGCACUUUUCUACAACAGAAGGGCGCUUUCUGAAAUCGGCACUACCGUUUGGCACUUCUCUCGUCGAUGGGUUCUCUUUCAGCGGGGCGGACUGCGAUUUGAAAACUACCGGUUUUCUGGAGGAUAAAAUUCCAAUAAGAUUUGGGCGAAGUAAACAGCAAUACGUAUUUGCAGUAACCUGCGAUAAGAUCCUCCGCGCAAAAGAAGUAGAGCACGACGGCGAGGAAAGCGGCUUGCGGACUCUCGGUGGUACUGCGCCAAGCGAUAUCCUGUGCAAAAGUAUCGUACUCGUAGUAAUUGCAUUUGCGCAUUACAAAUCUCUUUCUCAAGGUAAAUCAGCAUUACAAAUUCAAUUUGUAAUGCUGGGGGAAUUUGUAAUGCAAUUUAUACUAGUACGAUACUUUUGCAAUGCAUAAGCGAGGAUAGUUCUGCUGGAGUAUUGUGAGGAAAAAUCCCCCCUCCCCACAUCGAGACGAAGUUUCUGAUGCUGGAUUUCCGUACACAAAUGCGCACUGUCUUGCGGUAAGGCAUCUUCGCAGCCAGGUCCUCAGUCUAGGUAGGGGCGUUUAUUGGGUCUAGUUGUUUAGCAUUACGAACGGCUGUCCCCGAGGCCCAACAGCAUGCGAAACCGCUUCCAUAAUGGCGCGGAAGCCUCUGCACUUGUGUUCUUGCAAGACAGACGUGAUUUGUAGUCUCAAAUCAGCAACACAAAUUUCCGGUAAAGUACCGCUUCGAUAUUAUGCAUGGGGAGGGGGGAUUUUUCCUCUUAAUAUGGAGUGAGCCGCGUUGUGUUUUUGUUUGACGCGUGGGUCUAUCAACUGCAAAUAUGUCUGGGUCUUGAAACUUGUAAUGCUGCGUUGGGAAUACUAGUGAGUGCUCUGUUAGGCACAGCCAAGCAGGAGAAAUAUCUGCGCUUCUUUGUGUUGCGUUUUUCGCAUGACAAACUGCGUCUUACAUGACAGGCAAAAGGGUCUCUUCUUGGACACGCGUCACAAACUUUUUGGUCAUGCCGGACAAGCAUGACAAAUCUCGCAAUCUUCCAGACCCAGACACUUUUGCAUUUGAUAAUAGCCCCCUGCUCAGAAAGGGCAGGCUGCAGCUCGUCGGCCUUGACAUUUACAAUCACAAGGACGCGGCUGCGGCACGGUUGCUGGCCGCGGCAAGUGAUCAGCCAUGCAUCCAUCCGACCAACAAAGGAAAGGUCGGUGCCGGCAGCCCCACGGAGUAUCCUGUGCAAAAGUAUCGUACUCGUAUAAAUGCAAGUCUUGCAUUACAAAUCUUGUUCCCAAGGCAAAUCUGCAUUACAAAUUUUAUUUCUCAUGCUGAGGAAAUUUGUAUAUGCAUUUAUACGAGUACGAUACUUUUGCAGUUCAUACGGAGAGGAUUCGGUUGAAGUCUUUCGUGUGGGACGCGGCGUGGCCUAGUACAACUUCCAACUUGAUAACAGCAUAUCAAAAGGAAAAAUCCCUCCUCCCCAACAUAUCGAAAACAGAAUUUGUGAUGCUGUAUUUUUUUGAGUACACAAAUCGACUUGUAUCGCUGGAAGGCCAAGAGCCGCAGUUGUGGCCACCUCGUUUGCAGAUGACAAUUUGUCAUGCUGUUUUUCCCACUUCCAGCUGCCUCCUGUCAUGCUGAAGUAGGUGCAAGGCCUUCCCACGCCACCCAGAUGAACUACAGUCCCCCGCAUCUUUUCCCUCCUAGCAUGACAAAGCUGAUUUGUGACCACCAACCUGCAUCACAGACUUCCGUUUUGAUAAGGGGAGGUUUUUCGUCUUGAUACAGCAGAAGAGCAAGCUAGCAGUCCGGCUCUUCCACCACGACCCCUACUAGCGAGCCCGCCAGCUGCCCCGGCCUCCUGUCUGGAAAAUAAAGCGUCGACAGUGGCAGCUUUUGGUGCACCUCCUCCACACGGACCACCAUGUGGUCUAACUGCGGUGGGACAACAAGCCGCGGAGAGGGACAUCAAGACGGGCAUGACCACGCGCUCCAGUGACAUUUUUACCGGCAAUAUGGAGAGAAAAAAGUUUGUCACAGUCACUAAGUUGCAGGGUUGGCAUUACAAAUUUUUUUUGCAUCACAACUUCUCCUUGCAUUGCACAAACACUAGAAAAAUCCCUUAUGAAGUGUGGCUGUGAUGCAUUUUUACGCAUGACGGACAAUUUUGUCUUGCAAAAGUGCCCAUGAGUGAUCGUGACGAACUUUUUUCUUUUGAUAGGCAAUGAGGCUGCUUCAUCGGCCGUGGGAGGUUGUCCACGCAGUCGUCGGGGAGAAGAAGCGCAGGGCGCCGCCCACCACAGCAAGGAAAUAAAUAGCCGGGCGGACCAAGAAGCAGCUGCUGCAGCCACGACUAGUACCGCAGCCGCCUGCCCCCGUCCUGUCAACCUCCCUGCUUCUUCCCCUGCUGUUGCCGCCGGUGACUCGGCUGCGACGCCAGCUCGCAGAUCCGGUAGUACAGCUAGCAGCGCCGCCUACAACGGGGGGGGUUCUGGUUCUCAGGUUGCAUGUGCUGGCCUGCGGCCCCCAGUUCCCGGUGGCGAAAAUGGAGGAGGUGGCUUUGUCCCGCCCUGCGUCCCCCACGUUUUGUCCGUGCAGCAGCGGCGGUGGCUGACUGGGCACUUGAAUGUCGCAGCAGCAGGGGGGCUCCAAUAUGGCCUGGAACCUGAUGGCCCAGUGCAGCAGCAGCAACAGCCCCCACGCGAACCACAUGGCCCGGGACCUGAUGGCCCAGUGCAGCAGCAGCAUAUGACAGUGCACAACUCCCCCUCCCCCUCAUUUGUAUAGCAUGAAUGGCUAUACAAGCAUCAGCAAGAAUGCCGGUUUUGCAUGACAGUUUUGCACUGGAGUGUAAUGCUAUUUGGGCUACCGGAACUUGUCAUGCAAAAAGUGCCAAGAGGCAACGGGUGGACUAGGUAUUUUGCAUGACAAAUGAGGGGGAGGGGGGGUUGUGCACUGUCAUACAGCAGCCGCAGCCCCCACAAGGUGGGCAAAUGGAUGAGAUUGCUCAGCGCCCAAAUGGAGUUGGCCAUGGACCCCCUCGUCUUCUACCAAAUGUAAAAAUGUCUGGGUCUGAAAACUUGUGAUGCUGGGUGGCGUCUCAUGAUGAGGCUACAGAUGCUGGCUCAGCAUGACAAGUUUCUGAGCUCCUAGCUGUUGCCUAUUCUGCAUGACAAACUGCGAAUCUGCAUCACAGAAAAACGGGGGUCUUGGGUAACGUGCAUGACAGAUUUAAGAGUCAUGCCAGGCAAGCAUGACAAACAUGAAUUCUUCCAGACCCAGACAUUUUUAUCUUCUACCUGCAAACAAAACCCUUCCAGGGCCAGGGGCUCUCGCGUCUGUCGGCCGGCCCGCCAACGGGACGCCCAUCACGACCCACGGGACGCCCAUUUCUGGAGUGGUUCUUCGCGACCCUCCGGGAGCGGGCGGCCCUGCUUCUGUUGCAACGGUUUCGGCUCCACCUAGCAGACCCGCCCGGCCGCAGGUUUGUGAAGAAUUUGACACCGUCUGGGACCUCAUCCGGAGAAGUCCCGCGGCCCUGGAACACGCCAGCGAGGCUUGUAUGGCUUGCUCAGAUGUUACAGUCUCAAACGUUCUUCCAUACAAUAGAGUCGGUAUUUUGUAUUGCAUGAUGAGCAUGACAGACUCGCAGAGCGUUUCAUUUUCUGCAAUACAAUUUUUCCUGUGCGGUUUGGGGUUCGAAAACUUGUCAUGCGCAUCAAUGCUGGGGGACUAGUUGUAGGUUAAAUCAUCUGCGCUUGGUGCAUCACAGAUUUUCAGAUUCUAUCGUGGCGCUUGAGAUUUUUGCAACACCUGAGCAGGUUAUAGCUUGUCGCGACAGCUUCUACCUGGUGCUGGAAGCCGUGCGGUUUGAGGAAGUUCCGAUGUUGUCUGGAGGCACGGAGCAACAUGAUGAUCCCAGCGACCAGAAACCUCCCCUCGUUUUCGGGCUUCUUCGGUUUGCUUCAACCCGGUUGCAGGACCACGGAGAGAUCGUGUUUCCCGCGGUAAAGCGCGUGGCGCACAAUCUCAAGUUCGCCUCGGCGCGGCUGCGGGACGACAAAAAUCUGGUCGUGAUCGCCGUCACAGGAGGUGUUGGCGCAAUGCUGGAGUUCGCCUCUGCCCGCCUACGGGGUAUCCUGAGUAAAAACGUACCCACACCAGAGUCAGGAUGAGGAUUUUGCAACACAAACCUAGGAGUUUUGUGAGUCACGCAUGACAAGCUGCACUUUGCAGUGUAGUGCAGGUUAGCAAGUGCAGCCGCAUCACAGAUUCAUCUGCUCAUCCUGUUCACAGCAUCACAAAUUCCAAAACACGAUUGGAAAUGGCUCUCAUGGGGAUGCGCAUUACAAGUCUUCCUGUCUUUGCAAAUCUGCAUUACAACUCUGGUGUGGGUACGUUUUUACUCAGGAUACGGGGAGAUCGCGACGUAGUUCGCUUGGCGAUCGACAACGAAGUAGAUACAACAAACACCGCUCCUCCCCUAUCAAAUGCAAGAGUGUCUGGGUCUGGAAGAAUGCAACUUGUGAUGCCGCGUUUGGAUGUCUAAAAAAUUUGUGUUGCAUGAGCGGGAAAAGGAUUGCAAUUUUUGCUACGCGGAGAGGGCAUUUGUCAUGCGGAAUAGGCAUCGAGAAUCCCUCAAAAAACCUGUGAUGCUAGGGCAUGCAUGACAGACAUCAUGGGUCAUGCAAACCGUGCAUGACAAGUCUCAGAAUUUUCCAGACCCAGACACUUUUACACUUGAUAUCCCCAAGAGGGAGGGAUAGCAGACACAAGUAGCGACUGCGUCGCGCUGAAGUUUGCUUCGUCAGAUUAUGCAAGAAAAAAGCUGUGUAAGUGUAAAUCUGUGAUGCAGAAAAUGCAAAACAGUUUACACUUGUCAUGCUCAACAUGCGUGAUCGGCUUGCUUCCUAUGUGUUUUCCCUUCCUAUCUGCGCAUAACAAGUUUUUCCUCUCAUGGCAGACAAACUUGUAAUGCUGUUUUCCCAAAAGACCAUACACUAACACAGUUUUUUUCUUGGAUACAGAUUUGCAGGCGGACCGGGAGCUGGGCCUGGUUGCGGUGAAGCGGUGCGGCCGGGCGCUACGGUUUCUGGAUUUCGUAUCCUGUGCAAAAGUAUCGUACUCGUAUAAAUGCAUUACUAAUUUCCUCAGCAUGAGAAAGAAAAUUUGUAAUGCGGAUUUGCCUCAAGAAAAAUAUUUGCAAUGCAAGACUUGCAUUUAUACGAACACGAUACUUUUGCACAGGAUAUUUCGCGUUGCGUGACGACGACGAGGUGUGCCGAGAGGCGAUUGCACAAGACCGCACUGUAUCAAAUGCAAAAGUGUAGUCUGGGUCUGGAAAAGUGUAGACUUGUCUUGCAGAUUUUCCAUGACCCAUAAGGUCUGGAAUGCGGGACUUAGCAUGACAGACUCUGCGAGGUCUUUUCCAUGCCUAUCCUGCAUGAGAAACUCCUUUCCAACUUGGUCAAAAGUGUACCGCUUUUGGCACUCAUGCAAAGCAGACUUUUGCAUACUUCAGAUUUACCAUGACAAGUUGCAAUCUUCCAGACCCAGACAUUUUUGCAGUGCAUACACUGCCCUUGAUUUCACGUCCGAGCGUUUUCGCGACAGCCAUAACCAGGCAGAGCAGAGGGCCACGACCCUUGCCUGGGUGGUUACCGGGGUCGCGAUAGGUCUCGCUACUCUGGCGCUCCUGGUCGCUGUGUUUAUUCUGGUGCGGUGGUGCGCGACCAGAAGCGCUGCUGCUGAGCGCUCGCAGGAGAAAGGAGUCGUGGCUGCUGGCCCAGGAAAGGUAAGAUUCGAUAUGCGGCAGCGUCGGUUUGUCCGGACAAAAGUACUAAAACCUAAUGAAGUUUGUAGCCCCGCCGCGGCGCCUCCGUCGGAGCCGGUGGUAGCGCGCAAAGGCCGCAGAGACCACAGGAAUCCCGACCAAGCUGUAGUACUUCUACCGAGCAAGGACAACGACCAAGCUGGAGGAGAACAACGACAAAGGCAGCCAAGUAGCGCACCAACAACAUCGCAGCAGCCCCCGGCGGCCAAUGACAAAGGAGGAGGACGCGCGGGAGGUAAUGCGAGCUCCGCUGCAGUUAUGCAAUGUAAAUUAAAAUUUCCCGUACAUGUACAAAAUGCAUGACAAAUUUUCGCUAACUUGCAGUGGUCAACUUGUCAUGCUAGACUAGGAUUGAAGGCAAGUUUUGUCAUGCAGAGACUGCAUUUGUACUUGUGCGGGAAAUUUCCUGUGGAUAGCAGUAGAUGCAGAAGAUGAAGAAGCACCUGCGGGAAAAAUCAAAGAGCCUUUCGUGUUCGAUCAUGCGCCGCAGGUACAACGAACACUACCUAAUAUUUGAAGAUCAUAGAACAUUUUUUGCUUCAAUACUACUUCCAAACAAGACUUCUAUUGCCGCGACGGUGGCCUUGGAAGAUGCCGAAAAGGUGAGAACUACCUCAACGAGCUGAAGAACGAGUUGGCCUAUGGUUUUCAUCUCCCAGAUUCUUGUUGCUCGAUCUUAUGAGGGGCCAACAGUUCUACUUUUGAUCCAUGUGUGCUGUUGUUCACCGUGGAAAGGCGUCAGGAUGCAGGAGCCACAAUAAAAUUUAUUUGAAACAAGUAAAACUCCACUCGUCCUCCCAACAUUCCCAAUAUACAACAAAACAGACCUCCGCGGGGAGAACAAAUAACUCGGAUGUAGUUGAAAGCAGCCCGGAUGAUGUUGUAGUCCUUGAAGGUGGCAAGAAUGCAAGCAUUAUGCCUUGGACGGUCGUUAGCGUACAGAAGGGUGAAUUUGUAUUGCAUGACUUGCAUUUAAGUACUUAAAAGAGAAGUGCGCUAGGUAUUAGACACACGAGCCCAAGCAUCCCGCAUAGCGUGAAGGGCUGCUCGUCGCGUGGUGGCGCUUGCAGGACCGAAAGAAGUGGUCUUGCGGGGGCUCGCUCGCCGGGCUGUGUAGUGCGUAUGUACCCAAAGAAGGUGGGUCGGGUGGCUCUUACUCUUCUGCGCGUCUGCCUGAGAAGUUCCUCUCCGGAAUUGUCGAAAGGGAGGGCGACGCCUGAACACACGGGCACUAGUUCAACAUGUAUGCCCUCGCGAGUUGUGGUUGGCUCGGCUUCGACUUGGAUAUCUGGGAGCAGCCUCAAGUGGAAGGGGAGGCACGAUUCGGCCGCGGACGGUAGCUUGCUUCGCCUGCUGUGCUCUGCUCCCAACUCCCCAGGCGUGUUUUUGCCUCCGGAGCGAGGCCUUUUCGACGUGACCCCAAGGUCAGGAUUUCUCUUGGUGAAUUUUGGGGCUUUUUGUUUUGGCGACACUUUUUUGAAGCCCCAAAACCCGAAGUUUCUCGUGCGUUAGCGAAUUUUGAAUAGGCACCUCGGGCCAAAAUUCACCCACGGUUUUUUCAAAAUUCACCCCAAAAUUCACCAGGCCCCCCUUUUCGACCGUGAUAAGCAAACUUUAGCGCAGAAAAGUGCGCAAAGAAGUGCACAGGUAGGCUCUGGGAAGUGGGGCCGAGGAGAAAAGACAGGCGCCCGCUGUUGCCCUCAGCGCCUCUAUAUUCUGCCGAAAAGGCCUGGAGAGUUCACGCGCCUGCCGGAUAGACGCAUCAAAGCUCUCGGCCGGGUCCUUUCACCUUUGCUUCCGCGCCUUCCUCUUGCCUAAACUGUACUUAUGUGCUUCGCGGCUCUUGUUUUUGGCGUCUUUGCCGCGGCUGCUGCAGUGCUUGCUCUUUUGCAAGCACAGGAAGACGAAAAGAUAUGGCCAAAGAACGACGCCCAGGCCAUGUCCAGCUGCCCGCCGCAUAAGCCUGGACAACUUCUACAGUGUGCAGAACCGACUUCCCAGAAGGGCAAAAGGGACAAUGUCCCGGCAGUCUCCUCUGCUAUUUGUCAUGCAAAAUUCACUACAAACUCACCACUUCUCAUGCUGACGGGUGUUAAAGCUCUAGUGAAAGCAGCCCGGAUGAUGUUGUAGUCCUUGAAGGUGGCAAGAAUGCAAGCGUCGCGCCCGGCGUAAUUGUUGAAAAUGCCCAGGAGGUCGUGGGCGACCGCCUACUGGAUGAAACGGACGUGGUCGGCUGCGUGGACGAGCGGCCAGGAGAGCAGCAAGAAGUGGCGCAGAAGGUGAAACUCAGGCCGGCGCCCGACACUUUCCCUCCAACGUCCGCGGCCAGACUCUUUCCAGCAACGGGCGCUAGAAAACAGCACUACAAGCCUCCUUGCAGCAAGGCCGGACCCCCUCCGCCCGUGCAAAACUUCCGCACGGUGAAGGGCCGGCCCGCCCGGGUUCGCGUGUACGAAGCGCGUGACGAGGACGAGUCGGACGACGACGACGGGGAGGGAAAUAACAAGAAAACACGACGUAUCCGGUGUAAAAACGUCCCCAUAGUCAAGAUGGGAAAUCUGCUAGACAAAUCAAAGAGCUUUCGCUGUUUCGCAUGACAAGUUUCUUGCCCUCAUACUAGUGUGAUCCUGUUUAGAUUAGUUUAUCAGCAUCACAGAUCCAGCGCAUAGCGUGCUGAUUGCAGCAUCACAAACUCCAAAACACGACUAGAAAAUUAUGCUUCUCAUGGGGCUCCGCUCGAGAAACUUUUUUGGCAUGCAGAUGUGCAUGACAACUCUGGAGCGGGGGCGUUUUUACUCAGCAUACGACGACCAGCGCAGGGCCGUUGCUUCGUUAUCAAAAUGGAGCAAAGGGACCACCCCGUGGUGCGGAAGAAGGUGAAACGGAAAGAGCAGAAGGCAAAACAUGCUGCCGGAGGUACCCCAGAUCUUCAAGGACGAGUGCAGCAGCUGCACCUCCAAAGGCAACACGAAAUCGUUGGCACGGCUGCCCCCAUAAUAUCCACCGUGAAAUAUUAAAUUACGUCCCCACGAUCCCAGAGUGAAGAUGGGCAUUCUGCUGCCGGGCAUGACAAUUUUGGGUCUUAUUAAGUCGUGAAGUAGAUGCUGGACUACGAGUUCUACCGAAGUCACAUCACAAAUCUAAAUGACACGUUUCAUCCUGAUUAGAGCAUGACAAAGUUGUUCUCCCAGAUAGCAUUUUAAAACUCCCGUGGUCAUGGGGCUCCUGCUGCGCAUGACAUGAAACUGCGUCUGAAGUUUUUUGCAGAUUUGCGUUUUUGACAAACCUGGGGUUCUUGGGACGUAUUUGCAUAGGAUAGCACCACGCCGAGCCACUUCAAGGACACGCAGCGCAAAACUGCCAGUACUACCAGCAGAAAAACAACGCCGGUGGACAAGCCCUGAUAUCAUCGCAGCAGCAUCCGCUACAUUCCCUCCAGGAGCCGGUUUUCGCUAGCGGCGGCUCCCGAGGUGGAACAGCAGCUGUGCCCACGACGCGGCUUGGGAAACAGAACGGCUAUGAAGCAGCUGCGCUGGGGCUGCACCGAUACGACAUAAGGUACGAGCAGGGGCAACUUCGCUGUGUGCAAGGACGAGGUGCCCCGCGGCCCACGGUAUGGAUUGCAAAGAUGUCUGGGUCUGGAAUGAAGCUGGAACUUGUACCAUGUGCGUGUCUUGCAUAAUUCCUGUGUAAAAUCUGUGUUAUUUCCUGAGCAGCAUAUGAGCAGCUUCCUUUGUCAUGCAAGAACGCAAUUAAACGCAAUUUGUAAUGCGUGCUAGGCACGACCAUCAGAAGGCGUCUCAAAAACUUGUCAUGCUUGGCUGCCUCCAAUGCUGCAAGCGCUUCAAAAAUCAUCCGCAAUUCAGCACCACAGGUUCUUUCCAGACGACCCACACAUAUAAUUUGCAAUGGCAUAUUACACAGGGCAGCAGGCAUUGUAUGGAUGUGUCAGGAUUGAAAUCGACAAAGUUGAAAUAACUUGUAAUGCAUAAAAUGCAUGAAAGUUGUGACCCAGUUUCUAAGUGGCGCAUGACAAAUUUAGGCAGAGCCGGAAUCCAGUUUGUCAUGCUGUUUGGGUAAGAAAGACGCCUUUUGUCAUGCUACUUUAGCAGCUCAGUUUCUAUCCGUCAACAGGCUUGCAAUCUGCCUCACUUGCCUACUCUGCAAGACAGGCACUUUGAGGGCUGCACUUUAUGCAUGACAAACUAUUUCAACUUUGACGAUUUCAAACCUGACGCUUCCAUACAUUGUCUGUCGUGCUCGAGGAGGAUUCAAACUCCGCCGAAAGUAAAGUAUCAUUUGUAAAAACGUCCCCACCCCAGAGUCAAGAUGGGGACUUUGCAACACAAACCUUGAAGUUUUGGGAACCACGCAUGACAAACUGCAGGCUGUAGUGUAGUGCAGGUUAGCAAGGACAGUCGCAUGACAAACCCAUCUCCUAAUCCUGUUUACAGUAUUACAAAUGCCAAAACGCGAUUGGAAAUGCCUCUCAUGCAGAUGCGCAUUACAAAUGUUCCUGUCAUUGCAAAUCUGCAUGACAACUCUGGGGUGGGGACGUUUUUGCUCAUGAUAUAAAGCUAACGCGACCCUAUGUCCCGAGCAGGUGGCGCUUGACAGGGAGUUCGAGAACUUGUGUCGGGCCCAGGCGCUGCCCUGGCAACAAGGAGGGCUGGAAUUCGAAUUGGACCACAAGCAAGAAGAAGAUGUGUAUGCAAAUGCCACGGCACCGGAACUGAGUGGCGGCUCUAGUGGAGGUGUAUUGCUGUUUGGUGAAGAAUAUCCUGUGCAAAAGUAUCGUACUCGUAGUACUUGCAGUCAUGCAUUACAAAUCUUUUUCUUAAGGUAAAUCCGCAGUGUAAAUGCGGAUUUACCUUAAGCUGAGGAAAUUUGUAAUGCAUUUAUACGAGUAGGAGUACGAAUACGAUACUUUUGCAAUUCAUAAAGAAUUUGAAGAUGGUCUUCAAGAACGACCCCCCGAAGGUCAUUCUUCUUCAGCGUUGUUUCCAGGGCCGCCGCACCCCAGUCUAUGCAGCGAGUUCCAGCGAAAGAAGGAUUCAGGGGACAAGAGCUGCAUGGAGAAUAAAGAUUGUUCCGCGCCACCGGAGCAGCAUUGUAUUCGCCAAGAUCAUCAUGCUAAUUUCGAUGGUCUUGACGCAAAGAUGAACAUACAAACCGCGUCUGGAAUAAAUGGCCGUUCGGGGGUGACGAAUUUUAAAGCCAAUCCUGUCGUUCCUCAAGUUGAUGUACACGAUGGCAUGAAGAUCAUCAGCCCUAGUGCGCCGCCGGAAGGGAAGAUGAACAAAGACCUCCUGCUCCUCGGGAGCAGCGGGAAGAUAUUCACCCGCCCCCCGCCUCACUCCCCGCCGCCCCCCCUGGCAGCACACGAUUACUCCACGUCCUCUUUUGCGCCGCCGGAAACUGUUGAGGAGUGGGAAAAGUUACAGAUGCUUCGCGGGUACCAAGAGUAUUGAAAAAAGCCGGAACUUUAAUGAGUUUGAAGGCUCUUGCUUGGUACCGCUACCCUCCCGCUGCGUGCGGGACUAGCGACGAGUACAGUCUUCAAGAAUGAAUAGUACACGAUUUUUUUGAUUUAAGUAUAUAUUUUCGUCAGCAUGAGGACCUGUUUGCGGUUUUUUAUGUUGACACGAAGAUAAGAAGCAACUCAUCUCCACGUGACUGGCAUAAAAAAGUGAUCGACCGCUGCGACUUGCUACCUCAUGAUGUCUUGAGUCCGAGCGAGGGCCAAGAAGUUGCUUUAGUCGCAGUUUGUCUACAUCAUUUUCAAGACGUUGUUACGUAAGAGAAGAAGAGCGCUAGCACUUGUAUAAUGCACAUGAUCCGAGAAAGAAGAAGCGAGUGAAUCCCCCAAAAUAAGCAUUACACAUAAGAGUAUGUCAGCGAAAGAAGUUUGCUUUCUACCGAUAUUUUCUAGGCGGAUGACAAAUCAUUAUUUUUAUUCCAUUAUAGUACAUACAAGCUUUUCCUCUUUAUGGGCCACCCAGUGCACCCCAGAAGUACAAAUCAUUACCCAUUCGGCCACCUGAGUUGAGGUAUCGGCUUCAGUACAUCAGCGUAAGCAGCUGAUAGGCCAGCCAUCUUGCCGCACGAAGUAGGAUCUAUCGAAUUCAUGCGCUUUUUGUAGAUUUGCUGCCUGUACGGCAUAAGUAAUAAUAGCAAGAGAAGUUUUCCGCAGCUUCAUCUUGCAGGCUUUUCGUUUUCAUUCGUAUUUAGCAUUACCAACUGCCUCCAUCGAGCACGGCAAAAAAAAAGAUGCCCAAGAACUGUAUUCAUGCAUUACAGACCUUGUGGUCCAUGAAAUCUCUCGACAUCACAAAUCCAGACUCAUCCAGGGAGGAAAUUGGCAACGCAUAUGCUUAAGUCCACAACUGUUCAACGAGUUCAGUUACCUGCUGGACUUCGUGUUUAUUGCGGACUCGUUCUUUCUGCAACACAGGAACACCACGACACGACAGGAGCCAACAUUUGAGAUCAACAAUCCAGGAACGUCAAAGGAGCACAAAUCUACUUAUUAUGCUGUUGCAAAUGAGGAUCUGGAUCAGCAUAAAAAAAUAUAUUAGAUUGCAAUCGGUUUUUUGGCAACUGGAUCUCCUGGAUGAACGUAAAAAUUUUUCCUCGUCAUCAUCUUCAUUGCUACGACAGAAUCUUCUGAUCACCGGGGACCAGAAAAUGAAAAUGGUUUCCGUCACCAGUAAGCAACCGAAACGCGGUCCACCACAUUAAAUGCUGUUGGUGCUACUUGCGAGGACAUUUUUGAGGUGUAUUUUACGAUCAAAGAGAAAGGUGCGCAGAUCGUAAUCAAGAGAAAGGUCGGUGAAAAAUCCCAACAUCUUCGGCUUCACAUAAAGACCGCUUGAAAAUAAAAGUGUUGCAUUGCUACUGCUAGAAACAGCCGCAUGGAGAGGAUUACUCAACAUACUGCUUUUCAAUUUACUACUGGUUGCAUUCAGAUGAAUGCAACCAGUAAGUACCUAUGACUCCGCAAAUAAGUAAGUACCUAUGUAUAGUGGUACACGCGAGGAGUGCAUGCUGCAUGCUGCCCCAUCAAGCAUGAGGUUGGCCUCCACCACUCCGUUUCUACUUUAGCCUCGACUGCCAGCGCCUAGACGGGAAAGAACCCGGUCGGAGUGGUUGAUAGAAGAAUUUUUUCGACACAGGUAUCGGAUCGGUUCACCGAAAGGAAAUGAAAUUUUUGAUCAAAGAUCGUUAUCUAACUUUAUGACAUGAGUACUACCCCAAAAAAAUCUUCACAGAGUCAUGAUCUUCAUCAGCCAGCAUACCGCGUAUGAUCUCUAGCUUUAUCUGUAAAGGCCUGUUCAAGUUGUAGAACAAAUGCAGAUCCAUUGUUCAUUGCAUCUCGUGGCCAUAUGUGGCAUGAUAAGAUCUUAAUAUCCGGGUCGAUGAACACAAUAAACAAGAGGACAUGGCUGUACUAAAAUCCAAAGAAAUCCGUGGAGCACGACAUAAUUAUCUAUAAUGCUAUUGCAAAAAUUCUGGCGGGCGGGGGGGUGCAAGGUGCUAGCAGAAAUGCUGCUAGCGGAAUCGUGCUAGCAGAAAAAUGAGUACUAGUAGAAAUCCUGCUAGUGUUUUUAGCGUUACAAAAAA